AUGCUAACUGUGUUAGCGACAGUAUUGAAACCUGCGAGCUAUCUUCCAUCUAUUGAGGAAAUUCGUAAUAAUUUGCCACAACACUUUGAGCAAUUUACUGAUGUGAGAGCCAUUCUUGAUUGUACAGAAAUCUCUGUUCAGAGAACUAAAUGCCUGCGUUGUAGAGUAAGAUGUUAUUCUAACUAUAAAGGGAAUAACACCGUAAAAUUCAUGGUGGCCGUGACGCCUGCAGGAUUGAUCAGUUUUGUCAGUGAAGCUUAUGGUGGAAGAGCAUCUGACAAAAUAAUUUUUGAGCAGAGUGGUCUCAUAUCCUCCCUGAAGCCUAAUGAGGAUGCCAUUAUGGUGGAUCGAAGUUUUCUAAUUGAUGAAAUUUUUCCGGAAAAUGGAAUAAAACUGAUUCUCCCACCAUUCAUGCGAAACAGAAAACAAAUGUCUCUUCAGGAGGUUGAACAAAAUAUAUUCAUAGCUAGAGCAAGAGUCCAUAUCAAACGUGUGAACCAGAGAAUAAAAAUUUUGAGUAAUGUUUUACCGUGGAACCUGGUUCCUUAA